AUGCACAGUGGGGAGUAUGGCUGGGAUAGUGGGGAUAAUGGAGAGUGGGUACUGGACAGUGGAGAGGGGCCAGUGGGCGGUGGACAGGGGGCAGUGGGCGAUGGACAGUGGGCGGUGGACAGUGGGAUGUCGACCGGCCUUCUCACCCAGUUCGGGAUCAUGCAGAAGAUAUCUACGGGGAACAUGUUGUUCGACAUGGCACUGAUGUUCAUGAUGCCAGUCAUCCUGAAGUAUGCCGCGGGUUACUGUAGCCAACUGAAGCAGUGGUUUCUGGGAAGGCUCCACUUUGAACCAAGCAAAUAUGUUCGGACGAUUGACUACACAUGCCGCUCAGGCUCAUCAUGGUACUGGGACAGGGACAACAACAGGAACAAAGUUCUGCAGGAUAGCAUCCUCAUGUUUCUGGACAGCAAACAAGAUGUUGUUGAGCAAUUCAAGGUUGCCGGCUUUAAGUUGACGACUGCAGCAGCAGAUGAAGAGGGCUCGGACCACUCAGAUUACUUGGACUCAGACUCGUACGGAGGACAAGGGGACGGAGAUGAUGAAAUUAGGAGAUAUAGAGUGCAGGUUGUGCCUCCAGAAAAAAAGUGGUUUGAUGUCGAGCCAGACAUUCAGUUCAUGAAGUCCAAGACUGAAAAGUUCGUGGGAGACAGGAAGGUUGGGAGUGUCGUCACGUUCACUUUUCAGACAAAGCUGAGAGAUGGACGGGGCAGGAUUGGCCACUUUGUGGACAGGGCACUUGCAAUGUACAAAGACAGGAUGGGGAAGAAGAAAGACACAGCCAGGUACUUUUACACACCCCAAUUUGCAAUGGAUGCCGACAACAACAACAACGACACAGGCAUGAUGUACAAACGCUACCGGCUAUCAGAAGAUAGAACGUUCGACUCCUUCUUUCAUCCUGAGAAAAAGGAGAUCCUAAGGCUGGUCGAUCACUUUGUGCACAAGCAAGGGAAGUUUGGGAUCCCUGGUUAUCCCCACAAGCUCGGUCUGCUCCUCCACGGUCCCCCUGGCACUGGCAAGACGUCCCUGAUUAAGGCUCUUGCCCAGUACACGCACCGCCACAUUAUCAGCAUCCCAUUGUCGAGGGUGCGCACGAAUCAAGAGUUGAUGGACCUCGUCUUCGAUCAGUCGUGCACUGUGAAGGGCGAUAGCAUGAAGUACAAGCUGCCGUUCAAGAAGACGAUAUUCGUGAUGGAGGACAUCGAUGCCGCAUGUGAUGUCGUCAAGAAGCGCACCAGCGCGGCCCCCCCGAGUGAAAAGGAAAAGGCCCCAAUCGGCCCACAAAGCGACCCAAAGAAAGCAAACGGGAAGGGAACAGGGACGUUGAAAAAUGCCGACCCCCCCGCGAGUUCCAGCGGCGAUAAGGAUGAUGUAAGAGUGACCUCGUUAAUGGACAAGCUGCGGGGGGAAAAGGACGAACUCAACCUUGCCGGAAUCCUCAACGUUCUUGAUGGCGUGGUGGACAGCCCGAACAGGAUUGUGGUCAUGACGACAAAUCACCCAGAGAAACUGGAUCCUGCCCUGAUCCGGCCUGGUAGGGUGAACAAGCAACUAUACCUCGGCUACCUGCGGCUAGAGGAAGCAUUGCAAAUGGUGGAGCACUACUUUGGUGAACUGACGGAGGCGGACAAGCACAACUUCACCAGUGUCUUUCCCAACUUCAUGAUGUCUCCGGCGGCUCUGGAAAGCAUUUGCGCAGCGUGCGAUGCCGUAGACGACCUUGUGAGGUGCAUAAAGGACGAGCGCACAAAGUACAUGUCGCCACAGAACCCGGCAGGUUGUCAAGGCAAUUCUGUUUGUGGUGUUGUCGGUGCCUAUGGGGCACAGGGAAAGAUUGGGGACGGAGGUGGGAUGGCUGAGGCCGGGCCCAUCGCGCCGAUUGCUGCGCCACAGACGAGAUUCAACUCACCAUUGAGCCCGGGAUUCUAG